AUGACAGGAAAAUCCAUUGGUUCGAGUUCAACCGGGUUCAUGCGCAAAAAGAAAGAAGACGUGGCUAGCAUAUCCCACACCCCUAAGCCCAAAAGAAGGGAAGAUUUCCCGAUGGAAGCAUAUGCUUCACCUCCUCCAAAUACCUACGUACCCACCCCUUACAACACGGUGCCCGUAUAUUACGCGCAACCAACCUUCCAAUCACCACCCCAAAACUACCAAGCUCCACCAAAUGCCUUCCAAUCACCUCCCCCAAAUUACCAAGCUCCACAGCCAAAUUAUCAAACUCCCCCACCCAUUUACCGUACCCCACAAAAUAACCAACCCAAUACCUACCAGAAUCAACCCCCACCAAAUGCCUAUAAUGCGCCACGUCCCAAUUUUGAGAAGAAACCCCCUCGGGUAUUCACUCCGCUAAUGGAAUCUCGGACCGAUUUGUUCAAAAGGUUAAGUGCGGCUGGAAUGAUUCAAGUGCUUCCGCCAAAGGCCGUCGAUCCAAAGAACCGAUUUUACCGAGCUGACCAAACAUGUGCCUAUCACUCCAAUGGCAUAGGGCACAGUACUGAAGAUUGCAUUAAUCUCAAGUACAAAAUACAGGAUCUGAUUGACCGAAAAGAAAUUGUGCUCCAAACGGCCCCUCCAAAUGUGAACACCAAUCCUUUGCCAAACCAUGGCAACAAUGUAUUAAUCCCUGCACCGGUGACAACACACAUUGCUCAAGUGACUCCAGCGCCACCUCGCAAAGAGUUUGUAGUCCAAGUUGCCGCCGCACAUGGUAUCACAAGAUCAGGAAGAUGUUAUACUCCUGAAGACCUAGCCCAAGGGGCACCCCGAAGGGAGGGUAAUCAGAAAAGGACUAUCACUGAAGGUGAAGCCGAAGAUUUUUGGCGCCGAAUGCAGCCAAAGGAAUACUCCAUUGUUGAGCAUUUAAAGAAAACACCGGCCCAAAUAUCGGUGCUAGCAUUGCUGCAAAGUUCACCCCAACACCGCCUGGCUCUAAUGAAGGUGUUGGAGGAAGCUCAUGUCCCGGCUGGAACAAACAGUGAAAAUCUGGCCGAAAUGGUCGCCCAUGUUAUGGAGGAACAUCAAAUUGCCUUCACAGAGAAAGAGUUGCCCAAGGAAGGACGUUGUGAUGCCACUGGAGUAGUUGAUUUGGAUAUUCAAAUAGGACCCGCUGAGUUCACCACUGAAUUCCAAGUCAUGGAAAUACCCGCCAAUUACAAUUUGCUUCUGGGAAGACCAUGGAUCCAUAUGGCAGCAGUACCAUCCUCGCUCCAUCAAUCUAUAAAAUUUGUCUGGGAAGGAGAAGAAGUGGUGAUCCACGGAGAAGCCAGCAUGCACAAUUAUCCAGACAAUUCUAUACCUGUCAUUGAAGCCACACCCAAAGGAACGGAUUUCCAUGUCAUGGAGUUAGUAGGAGCGGCCCACAAGAUAGACUCCAUGGAAACUCCCAUGCCGGCGGUUUAUAAAAUGAUUGCUUCCACCAUGAUUCUAAACGGGUUUGAACCCGAAAAAGGUUUAGGGAAGAAUUUGCAGGGCAUCACUGAGCCCAUUCCUAUCCUUCAAGAUAAUUUUCGCUUUGGGCUUGGUUACAUCCCAACAGAAGAAGAGAUACCUACCAAGAAGAAACAAGAGGUUGCAGAUCUCUGCAAACCCAUUCCAAAUCUGUACCAGUCAUUUCCCCACAGAAUGCCUAUGCCUGAGGAUGCUGACAUUGAAGAAGGGAUAAGGAUGCUAUUCCAAGAGGAAGAUUGCUCCUCGGGCAGCAUAGAUGAAGAAGAAUAUGAGGAAUACGAUGAGACCACAAUGCUACCUGAGGGUCUCACGGAAGAAGUAGAACAAUUGGAGAAUGAGCAAAAGCCAAACUUGGAUGAAACAGAAACCAUAAAUCUAGGUGAUGAAGAGGAUGUCAAAGAAACAAGGAUAAGCGCACACCUAGAUACCCCUCUCAAAGAAGAAUUGAUAAGUUUGCUAAGGGAGUACGUGGAUAUCUUCGCAUGGUCAUACGCCGACAUGCCAGGGCUAAGUACCAGCAUAGUGUCUCACAGGCUACCCAUCAAUGAGGGUUUUGCUCCAGUAAAGCAGAAAACCCGACAAUUCAAACCGGAUCUUAGUAUCCGAAUCAAAGACGAGGUGGAGAAACAAAUUGAGUCUGGAGUGGUGGAAGUGACAUCAUACCCCACAUGGCUAGCCAAUAUAGUCCCGGUGCCCAAGAAAGAUGGCAAGAUAAGAAUCUGCGUGGAUUACCGAGAUCUUAACAAGGCUAGCCCAAAGGAUAAUUUUCCACUCCCGAACAUCCAUAUACUCAUAGAUAAUUGUGCCAAGCACGAGUUACAAUCAUUUGUGGAUUGUUUUGCCGGCUACCACCAUAUCUUAAUGGAUAGAGAGGAUGCUGAGAAAAUAGCCUUCAUCACCCCAUGGGGAGUGUACCAUUACAGGGUAAUGCCCUUCGGCCUCAAGAACGCCGGCGCAACAUACAUGAGAGCAAUGACUACCAUUUUCCACGACAUGAUCCAUAGAGAGAUUGAAGUCUAUGUGGACGAUGUCAUUAUCAAGUCAAGGAGUUCGGAGCAUACCACACAUUUGAGGAAAUUCUUCGACAGACUCCGAAAGUUUAAUUUGAAAUUGAACCCGGCCAAAUGUGCGUUCGGAGUACCGGCUGGAAAGUUACUGGGGUUCAUAGUCAGCCGAAGAGGCAUAGAGCUAGACCCAACAAAGAUCAAAGCAAUCCAAGAGUUGCCUCCUCCCCAAACUAAGAAAGAAGUCAUGAGUUUCCUGGGAAGGUUAAAUUACAUUGGGCGGUUCAUAGCUCAAUCCACCAUCAUUGUGGAGCCCAUCCUCAAGCUUUUGAAAAAGGACGCUCCUACAAAAUGGACAGAGGAAUGCCAAGAGGCAUUCGACACUAUCAAGAGAUACUUGUCCAACCCACCAGUCCUGGUACCACCAAGGCCUGGGAGUCCUUUGCUGCUAUACUUGUCAGUUGCUGAAAAGGCCUUCGGGUGCGUGUUAGGACAACACGAUGAAGAAGGGAAAAAGGAGCGUGCCAUUUAUUAUCUGAGCAAAAAGUUCACAGCCUGUGAGGCAAGAUAUACGCUAGUGGAAAAAACUUGUUGUGCUCUAACUUGGGUAGCUCAGAAAUUGAGGCAUUAUUUGUCUUCAUAUACCACUCACCUCAUAUCCAAGAUGGAUCCAUUGAGGUACAUAUUCCGUCAGCCCAUGCCCAUCGGGAAGUUGGCCAAAUGGCAGAUGCUGUUGAGUGAAUUUGACAUUGUAUACAUAGCCCAGAAAGCCGUCAAAGGACAGGCCUUGGCUGACUUACUAGCCGCAAGCCCGGUGGAUGAAGAGCUUGAACCACUUCGUACCCAUUUCCCAGACGAAGGGGUGUUGGCUAUAGAAGAAGAAGCAACAAAAUCCUAUACUGGCUGGAAAUUGUUCUUUGACGGAGCACUCAAAUUCCGCUGUACCAACAACAUGGCUGAAUACGAAGCCUGCAUCCUAGGUCUCAGAAUGGCACUAGAUAUGGACAUCAAUGAAUUAUUGGUCAUUGGAGAUUCCGACUUACUGAUUCAUCAAGUACAAGGCGAAUGGGCCACUAAGAAUGAAAAGAUCUUACCAUAUGUGAACUUGGCACAAAGAUUGUGCAAGAAAUUCAGAAAGAUUGAGUUUCGACAUACGCCAAGGGCUCAGAAUGAAUUUGUUGAUGCACUGGCCACAAUAGCAUCAAUGAUCCAACAUCCUGAAAGCAGUCACAUCGACCCGCUAAGGAUAAGUCUGAAAGAAGAACAUGCCCACUGUUGCCAUGUGGAAGCUGAGCCAGAUGGCAAGCCAUGGUACAACGACAUCAAAAUGUAUCUGGAAGGACGGGAAUACCCCGAAGGCAUUACAAAUGGACAAAAGAAGACCAUCCGAAGAAUGGCAAAUGGUUUCUUCCUAAACAAAGAAGUGUUAUACAAACGGACGCCGGAUUUGGGUCUACUUAGAUGUGUAGAUGCCGGCGAAGCCACCAAACUUCUAGAAGAAGUACAUGCGGGAACAUGUGGACCCCAUAUGAAUGGAUUCGUACUAGCAAAGAAGAUUCUACGAGCAGGAUAUUAUUGGAUGACCAUGGAGAGUGAUUGCUGCAAAUAUGCUUUCGUUGCUUGGGGCAUGGAUGUUAUUGGACCCAUUGAACCCGCAACCUCGAAUGGCCACCGGUUCAUUUUGGUUGCCAUUGACUAUUUCACCAAGUGGGUGGAAGCAACGUCUCACAAAUCAGUAACAAAGAAAGUGGUGGCGGACUUUGUGCGAAACCACAUCAUAUGCAGAUUCGGUGUACCCGAGUCCAUCAUAACAGACAAUGGAGCAAAUCUGAAUAGCCACCUGAUGAAGGAUAUCUGUGAGCAAUUCAAGAUCACCCAUCGAAACUCGACAGCUUACCGACCGCAAAUGAACGGAGCCGUAGAAGCAGCCAACAAGAAUAUCAAGAGGUUGCUGGUCUAUGGAACCGAAGCAGUCAUACCUGCUGAAGUUGAGAUACCUUCCCUGAGAAUCAUUCAAGAAGCAGAAUUAGACAAUGCUGAAUGGGUCCGAGCUCGAUAUGAGCAAUUGGCUUUAAUUGAUGAGAAAAGGAUGGUUGUCGUAUGUCACGGUCAAUUGUACCGACAAAGGAUGGCAAGAGCUUUCAACAAGCGAGUCAGAACCAGACUUUUUCAGAUUGGGCAAAUGGUGCUCAAAAGGAUUUUUCCACAUCAAGAUGAAUACAAAGGGAAGUUUGCUCCCAACUGGCAAGGUCCUUAUGUGGUCCGCAAAGUACUCUCCGGAGGAGCGGUAGUAUUGGCAGAAAUGGACGGACAAGAGUGGCCAAAGCCGAUCAACUCAGAUGCAAUCAAGCGCUACUAUGCAUGAAG